AUGCCCACUAGUAGAAGAGAAGGAAAAGAAAAGAUGCUAGCAUUAACCCCUCUAUUCUCAACUACCUAUGGAUGGCCCUCAGAGGAUCUCAUCCAGAAGAAUGUUGAACUGGACUGCAAUAAUAUUUCUUUGGAAGUUGAAACAAAUUCAUAUGAUCCUUUUCUUGAUUUUCAUAGAUAUGAUGACAUCCAGCAUGACUUUUUACCUGUAGAAAAUUCCAUAUCUGCUGGAGGGCUUGUAAAUGGCGAUUCCACUGAUCCUUUCAUGGUGGUGAAGAAACUCAAUCAUAAUGCCAGUGAAAGACAUCGUCGUAAGAGGGUGAACGACUUAUAUGGUUUCCUUCGUUCACUGCUACCCAUUUCCAGUGAUCAAAAGAAAAAAGUAAGUAUCCCAGGGACAGUAUCUCGUGCAGUUAAGUACAUACCGGAACUAAAGAAGGAAGUAGAGACAUUAAUACACAAAAAAGAAAAGAUUUUGGCAUAUUCGUCAUCUGAAGCUAAUUUGAGGCAAGAACAUGUAGCAACGAAGAAUAAAAGUGGUAAAGAUGCAACUAUCGAAACAAAAUCAUGGGUCGUUUCUUGUGUAAGAAUUUUAGGAGUGAAAGAAGCUGUUAUACAACUGAUUUCUGCAACUGAUGAUAUGAGCAAGGGUGGGGAUAUUGGCCUAUUGUCUGACGUUUUGGAAUACUUAGAGCAGGAUGAAAAUGGGUUUGUUUUACUGAAUGCAACUUCAUUCAGAUGUUCAGGAGACGGGAUGUCAUUAAGCACUCUGCAUCUUCAGGUGCAAGGUGAUAAUCGCAUAGACUUUGAAAGACUGAAGGAGAAGCUUAGCUCUUUCCACCAUCAAUCAGCUCGAGAUUUACGCUAA